UAUGAAAAAAAUAAUAACAACAAUAACAGCGCUGAAAGUAAAACAAGAAAAAUAAUAAUAAAUAAAACAAAUUUUUUGUGUCAUAACGGAAAGAAAAUUUUGUUGGUUUGACUAAAUUUAAUUUAGUCCACCUUUUAACGAUUUUGUAUUGGGAUUUAUUUUUUUAAAUUUAUUAUAGUGUUUUGUGUGUGAGUGUGUGUUUAAUUAAUUAUGUCCACCUACCAAGAUUGUCAAAAUCUUAUAAAUAAUUUGUCUAAUUUAAAAAUGGAUGCCAGAGAUGAUACGGUCAACGCCGCCGUUGAUACCUUAUCACCCUCAAAUGCCUCACCACCGGAUUUUGACUUUAAUUUGCCGUGUCGCUUUUUCAAAAGUUCUUUUGCUCGAUCACUUUCACUCACCAAUGCCAGCAGUGGCAGCAAUGGAAAUCAAUGCAAAUCUUUGGAUUAUGACAUGCGUUCUAUUAAUAACACGAAUAGCAGCAAUAAAAAAUUGUCUUGUCUGCCGAAAAGAGAGACAACGACAACAACAGCUGUGGCAGCAGUGCCCCCACUACCACAAAGACGUUUAAGUCAAGCCGGAUCAUUUUACCAACAGAAUGAGGCCACCAUAACAAACUCGACUGGCAGUUCCAGCGAUAAAAAACAAGUUUUUGCAACAACAGAUGAUCAUGAUGAUGAUGCUGAGGAAAAGCCUCCUGCUUUACCAGCCAGACGCCCUCUUAGUCUGCACAAUUUGACGUUGCCUCAGAACUUGAGUGUCAACGAGUGUCAAAUGAAUGCGGAGCAGCAAAAAUUACAGCAACAAACUGUAUUGACACAGUUACGACAACAGGCCUAUAAGCAGGCCACCAAUAAUUCUAAUACAAAUUCAAUAAUAAUGCCGGUUAAUGGCAAUACAAACAACAAUAAUAAUAAUCUUCACAACAACAACAACAACAACAACAACAAAAACUAUAAUAAUCAGUCCUCUCAAAAACCACAGUCUCAUCAUCAACAUUUUACCAAUUCCAAUGGUGUUCAAAUUAUUAACAACAACAGUAGCAGUGUUAACAACAAGAACAACAGCAGCAACAACAACAACACUAACUUUAAAAGGAAUAAUAAUAACAACAUUGUCUGGUCGCAUCAACAGAAAAAUGUGGAACAGGAUUGUAAUAUUUGCACUUUCGACCAAGUCGACGAAGAUUGUGAUGCUGAAGAUUUAAAUUCUAAUUAUCAUGAUACAUCAAAAUCUUCCACAGUCAGUGAUUACAACAAUCACUUUCAUAAUUCCCAUCAAAUGUUGCAUAUGAUACCAACAAUAAACAUACACAACAAUCAACAACAACAACAACAACAACAUCAGCAACAACAGCAUAAUCAUCAACAACAUCAAAUGUCAUCAUAUGAUAUGUUAAAUGACAAUACCACAAAUGUGGAAGCUGUAAUAUUACAAAAUCAAGUGGACACUCUCCAGUGGCAAUUGAAACAGGUGGAAACCAGUUGUGACAUGUAUCGUGCUGUUAUGGAGGAAGUGGUAAGAUUUCUUGAACGUUACCAAAGUCAAAAGCAACUUCAACAGCAGCAACAACAACAACAGCAAUUGCAGCAGCAACAACAGCAGAUAGCAAUACAAAAACAUAACAGCAGCAGCAAUAAUAACAAAAUGGAACAAAUUCCACGCUCAAAAAGUCUCUUUCAGGUUUAUAUAGCCGGAGGUCAUGAGAAGUCGACAAAUGGUAAUUGCAAUUUGGAUGAGACUUCAACAUCAUUAUCGUCAACCUCUUCAUCAUCAACGUCAUAUUUGCGUGCACGAAGUAGCACCAAUCUAAUAGAUUUGAAACAUCAAACAACAAACGCCAGUAGUUGCAAGAGCAAAGAUGAUCAUAAUUUCGAGACAGGUCUAAUACCAUCUCAAUCAUACAGUGCCUUUAAAGAUUUUACUUGGCGUCGUUCACCCAAAAAAUCAGACUCACGAUUGAACACAGCCAAAGAUGAUGUUGAAGAGAAACUUAAUCAGGAGGCAUAUCGUCUCUUACGUACCAUACAAAAUUUGCUUAAUACUUCACAACAUCAACCGGAUUUGACUCAUCAACGUCUUUCGUUAGCACCUACUUCGGCCCUACAAAUGGGCCGUCUAUCUAAAGCCAUGUCCACUACGUCGGUAAUGACACUACCGGGACCACCAUUGCUCAAUUCGACGAGCCUUACCAUAGGCGCUAAUAGUGCUGGCUCCUCAACGCCGGAUUCAUCGACCGCCUCGCCCACCACCUCAACUGCCAACAAUGCUGCCUCCAACAAUCUUGCCCCCGAAAUGCUAUUCUUGCGUUCUGCUAAUAUGCGUGACUCUCGUUUAUCUUUACGUAGCUCAACCGAUAGUUCAGUUCAUUCCACCUCAUCGGCCGCAUCGUCGGCAUCAUCAAAAGUGGAGACAGAUGAAGAACACUCGACACCAUUUCAUUCACCCCCAAAUAUACUAACACAUAAGCAAAAUCAUCAUUUAGCUGGUUCUAGUACAGAAGAUGAAAGUGGCUUUAGUUCUAUAAGUUCAUUCCCCGAUAUUGGUGUGCCACUCAGUUCUACCCUGCUGUCAAGCACACCCAGUAGCAGUAAAAGUCGUUCACUGGUAAAAGAAUUGAAAUCGCUUAAAGCUAAUGAAAGAGAUUUACAAACUAACGACAGUCGUAAUUCAACCCUUAAAGCUAAUGUCGUUGGUUUGCCCCUAAACUCUUCACAGGAUAUGUCACAUCGUUGGGAUUCACCCUCCAAGACUUAUCAUAAUGCCAGCAAUAAAUUUCAACGUUUUUCUGCUUUAACCAACGAAGAUUCCAAUACCGUAUUAUGGGUUUAAUUUAAACAAAACAAAAAACGAUUAAAUUCGACUCGAUUUAUAAUUUCAUUGAUUUGAAUAUUUUUGUAAAAUAUUUGUAUUUUCCCAUUUAUCAUUAAGUGUUGCUUUUAAUCUUUAAAAUAUUAAUAGUUUAUCGAUCUUUUCGCAUUCAUUUCUACAUAUAUUUCUAAAUUUAAGUUUUAAAAUAUAACACAAAAAGUGUUAUAUUUAUUUAAAUGUAUUAAAUAUUGUUCAGUUUGUUGUAGUUUU